CAAAAGGUCUAGUGGUCACAGCCAACAACAGUACUCUACUUUCGUACCUGAACAGUUCAAAGUUUACAUUCCACGUGGCGACAAGCCUUUGCUAGCAUAGACCUCUUUCCAUUUGUAUACAUUUGAGAAUUGAGGAGCAACAAGGCCUUCUUCUUUAGCGAAAAAAAAAACAUGCCUUUUUAAGAAGAAUCCCGUCCACUCUAAAAAUUUCAUGUAUUACGUGUUUCCACUAAUUAUUUGAGUGCAGAGUAGAGUCUUGAAAAAUCUGCAAAAACAAGAAUGUCAACUUCGGAUGGUGCUUCCAUGAGAAGCCUAAGUGAGAUAUCUGAGGAAGAAACUGUACGGUUGAGUAUCAAUCUUGUAGCUGCUUCCAGGCGAAAUCUUGGGUUCUUGAAACUUGUGACUGAGUCUCAAUGGCUUCAUGAAAAACCAACCAUUCUUGAAUCUAUUAGAAGGUAUGAUGAGUUAUGGAUGCCAUUAAUUUCUGAUCUUUCUAAUGGGUCAACCCCUCCAAUGAUUCACCCUCCUCUUGAUAUUGAAUGGGUUUGGUAUUGUCACACCAUAAAUCCGGUAAGUUACAGGCAAUAUUGUGAAUCAAGAUUCUCUAAACUCAUUGGAAAGGCAGCUAUAUUCAAUGAAGAAAAUGAAGAGUAUGCAUUAAACAGAUGCAAAGAAAUUUGGUCCCACAGAUACCCAACAGAGCCUUUUGAGAAUGAAUCUGAUGAAUCCAAUUUACAGAACACAGUUUCCACAUUUCAUGAAGAUCUGCUAAAAGAAGUAUCCAAACAAAGACAUUUAUACACCAAAUUUUCUGAGCCUUACUAUUCAGAGAUUGUGUAUUUGAUUGCAGCUCGACAACGGUAUAAAGGCUUUCUGUAUAUGAUGCAUAGAUUUGCAGAUAGUUGCUCUAUGUUGGUCCCUACUUCAGAUAUUCUUCUAAUGUUGAUCACUCAUCAGAGUUAUCCUACUGCAUAUACAUUGGACACAAAGGGGUUAGAGGAGGAAAUGAGAAAAGUAGUUGGAGCAUUGGAGGUUGUGAAGGAAGAAGACAUUGAGGACACUAAGAAACUAUGGGAAAGAUUAUUUGAUCAGCCAUAUGAGAAAGCUGGUGGGUUGACCAUUGGAAAGGCUGUUGAUGUUAAGCCACCAAUCUACUGGGAAGUCACAGAUACUGAUGUCAAUGCAAAAUACUCGUCCAUGUUACCGCGAUUCUUGCUUGAGGUCUGUUUAACAGUGAAGCUAAAGAAAACUGUGAGUUGUGAUGCGUCAAAGGAGUUCUUACGUCUUCAGAUGGUUAGAUGUCACAGGGAGCUAAAAACAGAUAAACCACUCAGCAAAUUUACGUCUCAAAGGUGGCAAAAAACUUUGCAUAUCUAUUGUGAGUUUGGAACUAAGGGAAUAGUUCUUGAGGUUCGCCAACGUGGUGGUGGCUGCAUUAAAGGAAGUAGCCUGAGAGAGAGUGUAACAUUUCUUUGGAAUGAUUUAUUACGUGCGCCCUCUCUCAAUUUGGUAAAAGAAAUUGACCAAAAAGUGAGGGUAGCUACCUCAAUAACUCCUCCUGUCCAAGCCUCCUACUUGUUGAAAUGUGUACCUGAUCGAGUAUCAGAUGAUUCAGGUGCUAUGAUAUCUGAUGUCAUUCUGAGGAUGAACCAAUAUCAUCCCCAAGAAGGUCGAUGGUUAUCUCGGACUGUUCUGGAUCAUGCAGGCAGGGAAUGCUUUGUGAUUCGAUUUAGAGUUGGAGGCGGCUUUUGGAGGAGAGGAGCUGAAACUCCUUCAGCUGUAAAAUGGGAGGACCGCAUUAUAGAAAUACGUGAAGGCCAUUGGUCCUACGUUGCUGGUUCCAUUGGUAGAGCACCUGAGAAAAUGGUAGGCAUUGCCAAACCAAAAGAUCCACCAGAAGGAUGGCAUUCUCUUUGGAGCCUUUCAACAGGACAUGAGCUAUUAGCACGGUGGGAAUCAUCAACAUCCGGUUCGGGCUUAAGUUUCAGCCUAAUAAACCAGCAAUCCUCUGAUUCAGCGGUGAAGUUAUUGGAAGGGCGGCAAAUGCAGUACGAAGUCAAGAAAUCUGGCUUAGGUGAGGAGACAGAACAUGUGUCAAAUGAAAAGUUAAAGCAAGUUGAAGACAAAGAAGAAGAUGGAUUCAUAACAGUAGUUAGGUUCUCGGAGGAUAAUCCGGUUGGAAAAGCGACAGCACUUGUUAACUGGAAGUUUUUGGUGGUGGAGUUUUUACCUGAAGAAGAUGCGGUAUUUAUACUUCUUCUUUGCAUGUCAAUUAUCAGAAGCAUAUCGGAAAUGAAGAAGGAAGAUGUAGGAAGCUUGUUGGUUAGGAGAAGAAUAAAAGAAGCAAAGCUUGGUGACAGAGAUUGGGGCUCAGUGAUUCUCCAGGCUUCUUCAUAUUCUCCAUCGAUAUGCUCACCUUAUCUUCAGCCUUGGUAUUGGAACGCGAAAGCAGUGAUGGGAUCACAAGGUGUAGAUAAUAUCCCAAGGCUACCAGCUCCAGCAUUCACUUAUGCACAGGGGGAAGGUGGCGACAAAUUGUACAAGCACGGAAUAAUCAAUUAGAAUGAAUUAACAUUUCCCAAUAACGUGGUACGGAAGAGGAUUUUCGAGCACAGGUUCUAAAACAGCUCUUUAUAAAUACUCAAUUUAAAGUCAUUUUGUCACUUCUAUAUAUUGGUACAAACAUAUUUCACCAGCUCUUCAUUGCUGAGUUACCGAUUUAAUUGGUAACGAGCAUCAUUAUGUCUCGAGUAUACCAAUGAUUUUAGAAGUUUUAGUUGGUAUGUGUAACAUUAGGCCAGUAGCACGAAGACUUGAUGCUAGAAACACACCCUUGUACAGAAGACACGGUCUUGGUAUAAAGCCUUAAAAUCUUUUGUCUAAGAUUAAGUUUGCUUAGAGUAGUUUGACCAGGAUAGACUUAUAAUUUGUUUGGAAGGUCCAGUUUGCUCA